AAAAGAGGCAUGGGAGACCCCUAAGAGUCCAUCUCUAAACGCCCCUUCAAAAUGCUCUGUCCAUCCCCAAUUAUAUAUGGACUACUAGUUUAGUCGCUUCAAUACUCCUCCCUUGAGCCUUCUUAUGUUUCUAUCUUGUGUCUCACCUUCUAUCCUACUCAAUCAUCUUGAAAGAGAAAACAAAAUUUAUAAGCGAUAAGUUGAGAGAAUAAAUUAAUUUCAUUAUCUUAAUUCUAAAAUUUAAAAUUAUCCACAGUUAGCAAAACUAAACGUUGAGGUAUAAUAUGCUUAGGAUUUAAGCAACAUGGUAGGUAGGGCUCAAAUUCUUGCCGCCACUCCAGACCCAUUAACCAUUUAGGGCUUUGGUUGGACCGAAAAGAAAAGCCCAUCUCUGUUUCUGCUUUUGCUUUCUACCUAGGGUUUAGAAAUUUUCUCUCGUCUUCGGUUCGGAAUUUUCUUUUUGGGGAUGCAACUGACUCUUGAGUUCGGUGGUGGGCUCGAGCUUCUAUGUGAGUCAGUAAAGAUCCAUAGUGUAAAUGUUGAUCCACAAGUUGGUGAAGAGAAGUUAACCAUGAAAGAUUUGCUCUCUUGGGUUCGUGCCAAUUUGAUCAAGGAGAGGCCUGAGAUGUUCAUGAAAGGAGAUUCUGUGAGACCUGGGGUUCUGGUCCUUGUCAAUGAUUGUGAUUGGGAGCUGAGUGGCCAGCUUGAUACUACAUUAGAAGAGAAGGAUGUGAUUGUUUUCAUCUCAACCCUGCAUGGUGGAUAGUAUCAUGAUUUUGGUGUUCAUGAUCUGUGUUAAGUUCAUGAUUAAAGACAAAUGUUGACUAUUUCUCCAAUACUUAAAUUCUGUGUCUCAGUGACUCUAUGUUUUUGCUCAUACAUAGAUGAGGCAGGCGUGUUACUCCAAAAUGUCACAAUAACUAUAAUCUGAUUAUCAGAUUGAAUUUUGAAUGUAAAAUCUCUCUUAGGGUGACUUUUCAGUAGGUA